AUGGCCUCAGAAUCGUCAGCCUUGGCGAGACUGGAUGCCUUGGCCUCUGAUAUUCUGGCUGACUGGAAUAUUUACACAACUUUGAUCGCAGGCGCUCUUAUUGCUUUCACCGUAUACUCUUUUGUUACGUCGAAAGAUGCCGACAUUCAUCCUUUCUUACUUGCUCGUCAGUCGACAGCUUUCCCCGUACGCCAACCCGCAGAAUCAGCGGCGUAUAGAAGCCUAGAGACUCCGCACGGAUACCCACUCAGAUCGGGACUCAACAUCAAGGACCCUGGUGCACCAAGAUGGACGGGUGGCAGAAGAGGUGACCUCCGCGAUAUCUGGAAGGCUGCUGUGCGUGGUGCAGUGUCAGAGAAUGGUGUAGUCUCUGGGAAACAAGGAAAGAUCUAUACGGUGCUUGGAAAGAAAGCCGUCGAGCAUUCUUUGGACCAAGUCACACAGGAAAUCAAUGUCAUCGGCCAUCGUCUGCAGGAAUCUGGCGUCAAAUCGGUUGCUGUGUGUUUGACAGAUUCGGUUGAGCUCCUGGCUGCCAUUUUCGCUGGUGCCUUCUAUGGCUUCAAGACUAUUACUAUCCCUCACAACCUCGAGCCUCAAGUCCUCUCCGCUUACCUAGAAAAGUCGCAGGCAGAUGCUUUAAUUGCCGAGGCCGGUGCCCUGGACUUGUCCCUGGUGGCUAAGAACAACAAGCAACUCUCUCAGGUCAUUUGGGUCGCUAAGAUUGGAAGCCAGCACAUGGACUGGAAUCAAGUGCCUGGAGAUGUUCGAGGAAGCUUGGAGGUAGCCGUAUGGCAUGAGUUGGUUGAGGAAAAGAAGGACCUGACCGGUUUGGACGUUCCCAGCUGGGACCCCAACUCUCCUACGCCCUCUGUGACCACUGUAUGGCCGACCAAGUCUCAAGUGGGCGAUUUCAUUGAAUUCCAGCCAGAGAAUCUUGCAGCCGGAAUCGCGGGAUUGACCUUCUCCUUGCCUCGGAAUCAGAGGUUCAACCCCGACGACCUGGUCCUUUCGAUCGAUUCUCUCUCGCGUUCAUACCCACUGUGCCAAAUCAUGAGUGCACUUUUCUCAAAUUCUUCUAUCGCUCUCAACUCUGUUGCUGGCGAGGGCGUUGAUUUUGCCUUGGCUACUGUUGGAGUGUCGCCUACCGUCAUUGUUGCUUCUUCCCGCACCAUGUCCGAGUAUCAUGCCAGGCACAUGGAACCCCAAGCCAGCGUCCUGACGUCGAUCGUCCGCUGGUCUCAGCUGCGCAAACUAGAUGCCGGAAUCAUGCCUUCUCGUGGCCUACUAAAUCAGGUUGCUAGUAUCGCACCCACCGCUGAACUCUCCCUCGAGAGGCUCCGCCUGUUGUGCGUCUCCCAUCGGGCUGAUGCCGACCCGGCUGCGCGCCUGACAUCAGCGCAAUUGGCAGACCUUAAAAUCUUCCUAGGUGCUCGUGUUGUGUACGCUCUGACUGGCGCGGGUGUGGCAGGUGCUGUGUCCCAGACCAACGUCUUUGAUUACCGACGCUUCACGGGACCGAGCCAUUUUGGCGCCCCCUUGAGCUCUGUUGAGCUUCUUUUGACUGGCGUGUCCGAUGAAAACCCACUCGAAGGACAGAUUACUGUUUCUGGCCCCGCUGUUGUCUCCGGUAAAACCAAUCUUUCGUCGCGGGGCCGCAUACGAGAGGACAACACCUUGGAGCUUUCUCUUUGA